AUUAUAUAGAAAACAAACAUGGCGCGAAUCUGAAAUACUAUUGAUUCCCAACAGACAGCCUAUACUUGCUACGGAGCACAAACAUGGGAGACAUGAAUGACUGUCAUCGGAUGUUCCUGCAGAAGUUUAUGUCGCAGGGUCUGCUCAAUGCCAAGGAAGUGAAACAGUUGUUCAAACAAUGUUGUGACAAAUACUCAGUUAGCAUCUCAGAAGAUGACCCCGAUGCCAAGAAGCGUCUGUUUGAGUUUGUGAGGAUCAUCAAUGCCAAUAUACACCCAUUUCACAUGGAGAUAAAGAAAGCCAUUAGUGAAGAUGAUGGGUCUAACCACUAUGGACUGGUAAAUAUUAGCAGCACGGACAUCACCAAGAUGGCUUCAGACUACAACCAAAAUGAGCUAGAAUUCUUCAAAAAGCUGGUAGAGCUGGUAGUUGAGUCAGAGGAUGGUACUGUUGGCUCCAUCGAGACUCUGAACUUGACUGAGAAGCUGGAGAAGAAGAUCUCAAAGAAUGAUGCUCAGGAUCUGCUUGACCGUAUGAGCAGAGACCAGUGGAUAUCUCAGAAAGCUGGUCGAGUCUCACUUCACACACGAGCUGUCCUGGAACUGGAGCAGUACAUCAAGGAAUACUUUGUGGACAAUGUGAAGAUGUGCAACAUGUGCAAUAAACUCUGUCUCAAGGGUCAGACAUGUGAGGAGUGUGGUAUCAAGAUCCACUUCCACUGUGCUGUCCGCUACUUCAGUCGCCGAGAAGUUCAGAAGUGUCCCUCACGGGAGUGUGGUGCAGCCUGGACUCAUGAAAUCCCUAAGAGAGACAUUGACAGUACUCAAGCCACCCAAGAGGACCAGGCAGCUUCAUCUCAUCAUCGGAAGAGGAAGCACCACACAUAGUACUCCAUCAUUGUGUAUAAUGAUACCUGCUGAAGACUUUCAGCAAACUCUACAUUAGGUCAAAUUUAAAUAUCAAGAAGUGUAUGUAAUUGUUGAGGUUACAUGCAAUAUUUUGAUGAAUAUGUUGUGAGGACAAUCCAUUUGGGGAUUCAUCUGGAACUUCUCAGAGGCCAUAUUUUGCUCCAAGUCAGGAACUAUUGUCAGUGAAUUUUGGUUGCCAGGAAUACUUAUUGUGGAAUCCC